UCAAUCGGCUAUAAAAGCAAUACUACAGUACCAACGCAUUGAUUAAAUCAACCACUCUCUUCCACAACUCUCUCUGAUCUCUUUCGAAGCUCGAAAAUGGCGAACGGAUGUGAGAUCUGCUGCGAGAUUCUCAUCGCCAUCCUCAUUCCUCCUCUAGGAGUUUGCCUAAAACACGGCUGUUGCACGGUGGAAUUUUGUCUGUGUUUGAUUUUGACUCUUCUCGGUUACAUUCCGGGGAUCAUCUACGCACUCUACGCCAUCGUCUACGUCGAUCGCGACCAGUUCUUCGAUGAGUACAGGCGUCCGCUCUAUUCUCAGGCGUCGGCGGUAUAGAAACCGGUUUGAAUCUCUUCAACUCUGUGUUUAGCCUUUUUCGAAUAAGGUUGUUAAGCUUUUGGUGCUCAUGUAGCUUUUGGAUUGGAUUUCAUCUACAUAGAUUUGUUCAGCUUUCUGUUUCUUGAUUCAGUUGGAUUUAGAUUUUGUUGAGACACUGUAUGGAUGUGUGGUCAUGAACUUAGACCUAAGAAGUUUGGAAUAAUUUGGAU